AACAACUUACGUAGAAAUUAUUCAGUUAAAAUUUAAACAUUUAAAUAAUUAUUUUUUAAAUUGUUAUUUUCUUAAAUAGAAAAAUCAUUGUAAUGCAUUUAAAAACUAUACUAAUCUUUUGUUCAGUUGGUUUUUUUACCGACACAAUGGGCGAAGGACUUAAUGCACUCCAAAUACAAUGUGUUCAAGUAUUGAUGAAAAAUCAUAAUAUUCCUGCAACAAUAACUAAAUUUUUUGAUUUUUUUCGUCCUACGGUUGGGAAUAGCGAAUAUGUAUCUGGAGAACUUCCUAAUAUGUAUGAUGAUCCUAACGUAGGAAUUUUUGAGAUUCUGAAAAUGUUGGGUGCAAAAGUCAAGCGGUGUGAUGCCAGACCUAUAGAAAAACUGAAAAAAGACGAAGUUGAAGAUAUCGCAAAUAAAUUCGAUACAAUUGACAAAUACCAAAAUCGUCUUAUAAAUAAUGAAGAAUACAUAAGAUUGAUUGAUUUAUAUAGAAACUAUAUUAAUAACGUAGAAAUGAUAAAUGAAUGGAAAAGGCACAUUGAUGAAGACAACAAUGAGUCAUACGAUUUAGGUGAUGUAAUGCUAGAAUUAUUACGGUACAGGGCACAAUUAAAAAACACAGUUUUUGGUAAAGAAGAAGAUUUGGAAAAAAUCAAAAAUGUAGUUCUUUAUCUCUCAAAUAACGUGUCUCAUUAUGACAUAAGUGAAUAUUAUUCCUUGUAUUAGAUGAAUAAAAAAUACGUAAAAGUAUUAUUUGUUUAAAUUUUCAAAAAUACUCAUAGUUUUUUUAGCUUUCACUUAAAAUUAUAUAAAUUUGUAAUUUUUGAAGUCCAAUCAUGUAUUUUAUUUCAUUAUUAUUUUUAUUGCAGCAAUGUGAUUUAUAUCUCAUUUUUAUUUUAUUGUAGACACUGUGCUAUUUUUGUUUAACUUGCUCCAUACCUUUCUAAUAUUAUUCUAGACUUAAUAAUAUACUGUUAUAUAUAUUUUUUAGUAAAUGUUUAAAAUAAACCACCAACGUUGUUAUAUAAGUGUGUGCGUUAAAUGUUAUAAGUUCAUUUUGAUGUCUAUUUUUUGCAUAUUAUUAUGAAUAUUUAAAAAACACGAUUAUAAAAAAGUUCCAUCAUUAUAUUGUUCUAAAAACAGCGUUUAGAAGGAAAAUUAAGUAUAAAUAAAAUAAAUAAAUCUACUCAAAAGUUAGUAGUUUAGUUUGGACUUAUUAUAUUUUAUCAAAUUUGAACUUGAAGAAAUAUUUUUACUAUUUGAUGUCUUGCUUAAUGUAAUUUACAAUUCAUAUGUCAAAAUUUAAUUUAAAAUGUGUAAAAUAAAAUUCUAAAAAACUCUA